AUGCUUGGCCAGUCCAUUACCUUUACCUUCAGCUUCUUUAGCAAGGCAGUGUUCGUCUUGGAGGUGUGUUUUAGGUCAUUAUCGUGUUGGAAUACUGCACUGCGGCCCAGUCUCUGAAGGGAGGGGAUCAUGCUCUGCUUCAGUAUGUCACAGUACAUGUUGGCAUUCAUGGUUCCCUCAAUGAUGUGUAGCUUCCCAGUGCCAGCAGCACUCAUGCAGGCCCAGACCAUGACACUCCCUAACACUAUAGUGUGGCUUUAAUUGGGGAGGUCAUAUCAGUACAAAGGAGAGUUGUUUCACUGUACUUUAUGUUUAUGGGUAUUCUUUCAAGGGACAACUGAGGCAUCCAGACCACCUCAUCUCAUUGAAGUGGUCUGGGUGCAAUCUCCCUCAUGCUCUGAGGACAUCCAACAUCAGUAAAAUCCUCUUAGGAAAGCACGGAAGCAAUGCUUUUCUAUAGGGAUGGCAUGUGCAUCUGACUUUACCUAAAAGUAGCAACCAGCAAAUCUACUCACAUUAAUUUUUUAUUUUUUUUACUAUUUUUAGCUACUUUUGUUGUUGGUUUGCAAAAUUAAUGUGAUUUUUGAUUAUUUUUUUAAAAGCUUGGGUGACCCAAUCAAAUACAACUAAUUUAUUACCUUACCGAGGGUGGUUACAAAUUCAAAAAGAUAUGAAGAUUUGAUAUAGUGUAACGUUCUUGUUACUUAGUAACGGAUACCAAUUGUGGUUAUAAUUCUUACAAGGCCAGUCUCUUUUCACUCACCUUGAAUAGUAUGUAGGUACAUUUUUGCACUUUUUUUGUUGUUCAUUUAACAUGUGGAGUUUAUGCACAGUUUUGUUUCUUCUAUUAAUUUUAACAAAUUGCUUUAAAAUAUAAACUUUUUUAUGAGUGCCUCUGUAAGGGCAUUUCUGCUUUCAUUUAUAUUACUUUGACACUUCACUAUUGACGUGCUAACAAUUACAGUGUUAUUUUGUAACACAAAAGUGUAACAUUUUAUUCAAGACUUGGGAUUAAUAGCUAGUAGAGCGCUAUAUGGUGUAUAGAUUGCGAAUCAAUGAUAAAAAAAAUAAAAAUAAAAUAGCAAAAAUAUUGAUGAGAUAUAACAUAUUAAAUGCAUUUUCUUGCAAUACUUCAGACUGUACUCCUAUAUCAGAACAGGGAUGUUUUUGUCACACAGCAGAUAUAACAAAAUACAAACUGAGAUUUUGGGAAUUAAUCCUAAAUUCCAACAGAAUGAAAAACAAAUAUUGGUGUUUUAAUUCUUACAUGAAGAACAUGCCUGGCUAACAAAUGAAUCUGUGCUAUGCAUGUUACCCUGUAGAUAUGCCAUACAGUUUUUAUAGAGCCCUCCUUAACUAAGAACAAUAGGAAAGAGACAUUAGUCACUAGAACCACUACAGCUUAAUAUUUUAUACAUCUGAUAUUUGCCACUGUGAUAAAAUCCUCCAAAUUAUGCUCUAAGAGAAUGACAAUUUUCGCUUUUUUAACUGUGAAUUUUCAUAGAUGAUUUUGAUGGGUCCAAUUUCCAUUUUGGAGCGUUUUAGCAGGUUGCUUAUUCAAACUACCCUACAAAGGCCUGCCAUUUCUUAAAGAAGACACUCUAGGGUAUUUCAAAAGGCAUGUUUAAAACUUUAGUGUGGGAUAAUUUUGUCACUAGUUUGUACCAAGUGUAGUGGUAAUAAGCAUUUAUUUUUCUAAACUUUAAAAAAAAAAAACAUUUUUUACUUUUUAAAACCUUUUACUGUUAACCUCUAACUAGCCAAACACUAAAUUCCACAAUUUCCCACCCACCCCAGUUAAUUAAGAACCAAUUUAAAAAUAUUACAAUAACAAAUGUAAAUACAUUUAAAUACUAUGAUCUGUAUUUUGAUCACUGUAGACAGGGGUUAAAUUUUAUUAGAACAGGGUAGAACAAGAGUGUUGGGAUUCUUUUAUUAACAAUUUUUACUUUGCAGGGAAAAACAGAUCAGCACCGAUCUGUUUCUCUUAGCUGAGACAGAGGUGGAGGGAGGUGGAUCGGGUGUCCCAGACGCACAGUGGUCACUGUGACUGGCUAUCAAGGCGAUCACAUGUGCAGGGACAGCGUUAACCCCGCUAUCACUGCAUUAGCGAUGAUCUUGCAUUAAUUUUAAUAACAGACAGACAUUUUCCAUCAUAUGUCCUUAAGGGUAGGACUGCCAUGAUUAUGACGGAAAUUCUGUCCAGUACUUCAAAGGGGUAAAAUAGGACACGCAGCGUAGAUACGUAAUGACUGGAGUGCCAUUGUGCUGGUGGAAAUCUAUUUUAUAAUGAAUAAGAGAAAAUGAAUAUUUAUACUGUGGCUGCUUAGGGCCUAUUUCAAAUCACGUCUGCAGCUUCCACUACAAUAGCCUCUAGGAACAUUCCAAGCACAAUGAUCAUUACAGUACACUACAGUGCUUAUUGUGCAAGGAGUGUCCUACCUUCCCCCAUUGUAAGUCCAUCAUUGGUUAGAAAUGUUUGUCUUCUUACCUGGAGUUUGCAGUGUGCUGCUCCUCAUCCCAUCUCUGAGAGCCAAAAGGUCUUGCUUAGGAGCUCCUGUUUGCUUUCCUGAGCUAAGCCCUGGAGUUCAGGACUAGCUCAUUUGCUGAGAAGGUCAGUCGACUGCUCCCAGUUAAUAGCUAAACCCUGCACUGCUGGGUUGAGUUCGGAUAGAGCUGCUGAGCUCAAAAGGGUUUAGAGGAGUCAGGGAUGUAUUAUAUACUUGAUACAUUAUCCUAAAACAUUUUCACUCUUCCUUACGAUUAUACAAAAAGUGUGCUUUCUGUUGUUUUGCUUUGCAACUUUUGGGAUGACAUAAUGCCAAGUUAAAUAUGUUUGUGUAUUUGUUUUAGGCACUUGGGAAUCAUGAAUUUGACAACGGGAUUUCUGGACUUUUGAACCCUUUUCUAAUGAAAGUGCAAUUUCCUAUUCUGAGUGCAAACAUUAGAGCAGAGAAACAAGUGGCUCCCAACAUUACUGGAUACUAUCUUCCUUAUAAAAUCUUAGAGGUUGGUCCUGAAAAAAUUGGCAUAGUCGGAUAUACAUCAAAGGAAACCCCUGUUUUAUCAGACCCAGGUACAUAAAUAGUUGGUUAAUAAGUGGAAUAUACUCAAAUUAUUAUUGGCUUUAGUGGCUAAACCGCAAACCACGGUGAGGUGACAACCGCAUUGCAAAAAGUAGAUCAAAAUGAGAAGUUUGGAUAAUUAUUCAACGUACCUCUAGUUUUCUUGUCAAAGGUAUUUCUCUCUAUCUUAACUUAAAGAAGGAAUCCCUUCAGGAUGUAAUGAGCCUGACGUUGAUAGAAGCCUUGUUCAUUUGUGCUAUGGUAGGAUGUGUAGUGCUUUUUUUAACAGUAGUUCUGACAAUCAUUACGGCUCUAAAUUUGAGUCAUUUUAAAGGCAGGCGAUUCUCUUGUCUGCCCAUCCACCCACGCAAACCAUUGCCAGCGUGCAGUCCUACCUCUUUCAUCUCCCGUCCUUCCCUGUCUCCAAACAUAUUAAAGGAAAGCCCUCCCCUUUUCCACCCCUUUACUGGUCUGGUACCGUCCUCAAUCAUUUCCCUCUGUCUCUUGCAUGGUCUGAUGGGCUUUAACAGCAAGAUGAGCUGUCACUCUGCUCAACUCGCAACUCGUUAACACACACACCUCACACAUGCGCAGUAUAGCAUUCACUGCUCCUAAUACAGAAGCAUUGGAUCUAAUGCUUCUGUAUCAGAAAAAGAUGAAUGGUCAAAAUCCAGUGAAAAUGGUCAAAUUUCAGCUGCAAUGACAAUUCUCAUAUUUACUAGAGCUUAUUCCUGUUGGAAAUCUGCCAACCCGACAGAAUCUGCAUCAGUUGGCAGGCUGCAUACUGCAUCCAGAAUAAAAUCAGUGCUUUUUACAUUCAAAACAUAUAGGAUUCAGAAUAUUUUCAAAGCACCAUGAUCAGUGGGUGGGGUGUACUUACUAAAUGGGGGGAGCUAACGUCCCUCCCCGGCCUGCAUUCAUAGGUCGCAGCUGGGUGCUAUUUUUGUAAUAAUGGGGGGAGGAACUGAAUGACCCUACUCUUGGGCAGCAGGUGGGGCUAAUAUGAAAAUAUACAAGGGUAGUGGACAUGCCAUUAAAGGAGCACCAUAACAUUAGGAAUACAAAUCUGUAAUUUUGUAACUAUACUGCCCUAGUUGCAGAUAUAUUUAAGUUGUCCCCCUUGGUUUCCGAUAAAAACCUUAUUUAAAAAAAAAAAAAACUUACUUAAGCUUUGAGACUCCCUCGGCACUGCCGGCCACUCCACCUCCUGUGAUGUCAUCCAGUUUUCUUGUCACUGGCCAAUCUGAGAUGAAUGAUUUUGUUACUCAGGAGUUGUAGGGAAGCGCCUCUAGUGAUCUUUGAGCUGGGUGGAAUUAGGUCCCUCCUGUAAUAAGUAGCUCCCACCUGCGGACCACAAGUGGGAAAAGGUGUGCAGUGAUCUGUGCAAGCCCCAUGUAUUUUAUUUUUUAAACUUAAAGUCCAAUACCCAAUUCUUAUAAUCGAUGGGGACACAGCUUACACCGUUAUGUUUUAGGGAGGUCUACAGCCUAACUAAUAGUAAAAUGGGGGUCAUAUUGACCCAGUAGGCUAGUUGUUUUUAAUAUAUACUUUUAGAAAGGUCCUCUCCCAAACUACUAAUGCUUUUUUUUUUUUUAACCCCUUAAGGACCAAACUUCUGAAAUAAAAGGGAAUCAUGACAUGUCACACAUGUCGUGUCCUUAAGGGGUUAAAGAGCAUCAAAUCUCAUUUCAUUUAAACAUUGUGCUAGCACUUCAUUUAAAUGCCAGCAUGCUGGUAAUGAAGCCAGUGUGUCGACAUGGAAGAGGUUUGCCCUGCACAGAGAAGUGUCCCCAAGAAGGGCACAUUAAUGAGGAAAUAAGUAGGAAGGGGGCCGGAUCUGAGGUGAAAGUUACACAAGUGUAGCCUACUCAGUACGGGGCCAUUUAGAGUUUAGUGAAUUACCCUGUUAGUCUUUUUGAACCAGAUGUUGGAUUAUACUGAAUAUGAAGCAGUCAUUCAGUGCAAAUCCCUGAAUUCCAAUUGGACUUUCUUUUUGUAAAUAUCCAAAUCGCAGGUGAAGUGCAAAUCUGCUUCUUUUCAUAGAAUUUUGCCACAUUUAUUGUUAAAUUGAAUUCCUAGCAAUGUAAACCAAUUGGUAAAAGUUGGAAAAAUGGGGAAUGUGACAAUGCUUUACUGUUUCAGGCCAAACCGGUUAAUAAAAGGAGAAGCUGAAACAUGCUCUUGCCUGUAGUUUUACUGUAAUUUUUUUUUGCAUCCGUGGUUUUUAUCUAAUUAAGUUAAUGCACACUGCUGAAAAUGUAUUCAUGUUUAUUGCUUAUAGUUCUGGUUCGCUUAAAGGACCACUAAAGUGCCAGGAAAACAAACUCGUUUUCCUGGCACUAUAGGGUCUUUAGCUCCCCCCACCCUCAGGGUCCCACUCCUACUGGGCUGAAGGGCUUAAUCACUUACCUUUCUCCCGCACCAGGCUCCCUCGUCGCUGGGGAAUUCUCCUCCUCCUGCUGACGUCAGCACUGAAUGCGCAUGCGCUGCAAGAGCCGCGUGCGCAUUCAAUCAGUCCAUAUAGGAAAGCAUUACUCAAUGCUUUCUUAUGGACGUCCAGCGUCUUCUCACUUUGAUUUUCACAGUAAGAAGUGCGGAAGCACCUCUUGCAGCUGUCAGUUAGACAGCCACUAGAGGCUGGAUUAACCCUAAUUUAAACAUAGCUGCAGGGUUAACCCUAGAUGGACCUGGCAUCCAGACCACUUCAUUGAACUGAAGUGGUCUGGGUGCCUAUAGUGGUCUUUUAAAUUUCCUUUAUUUUCCUUUAAAUAGAUUGUGUUAAAAAAGUAAAUAUAAAAACAAACUAUGUUAAAUAUGCAUUUUUGGCUUUAUUAACCUUUAUUUUAUACUACUAUAUGAAGUAAAAUUAUAUUCUGUGACAAAUAACACACUAAAAAAAAAUAAUAAUAUAAAACAUAUCCGUUUCCUCUAAAAAAUGUAUUAUUUACAUAGAAGAUACAGUUCACAAGUGUUCGGUGGCUAGUUUAAAAGGUCACUUUAGGCAUCAUCACAACAUUGAAGAUGCGUAGAACAUCCUGCACCUACUCUCACUCAUAGUGCUUUAUAAAUGCAGCAAUUUGUAAAAUUCACUUUCCUUCUUGACUGUCUGAUGUGUAUGUGGAUUUUUUUUUCUAUUUCUAAAAUUAUAUGUUUCUACUCUUUUAGUUCAGCUGAGAGAAGAUGUGACUUAGCUUCCAUUAACUUGCGCAUCACUUUUAUUCUUUUCAUAAAUAAAACUAUUGAAAAAUUGCUGAAAUACAAAUCUCACAAUGACCUGCUGGGCAGAGUUUUUGAGAAUUGCCCUCUGAACUAUCUUUUGAGAUCAAUAGCAGUAUCCUUGUUUACUGAAAUGUCUUCCACAUCCUGGCGUAGGGCAGUUUACUGCAGAAACUGCAAGCUCUGGGGUAUGCAGUAAAAGCUCAAUCUAAAAAUGUGAUCAUAUUUUAUUUUUAAUCUUGUUAUUUUAUUAUUUUGCAUGUUUUACUACAUUAAUCCAUUAUUGUAACACAAAGCACUUAAAUAUGGUUUACUUUCAGACUGGACACAUUUUACAUUUACACCAAUAAAUAAAACAUGAAAAUCACCUAUAACUUGUUAAAGGACCACUAUAGUGCCAGGAAAACAUACUCGUUUUCCUGGCACUAUAGUGCCCUGAGGGUGCCCCCACCCUCAGGGUCCCCCUCCUGCCCGGCUCUGAAAGGGGGAAAGGGGUUAAAUCUUACCUUUUUCCAGCGCUGGGCGUGGAGCUCUCUGCCUCCGACCCUCCUCCGUUCCUCCCCGUCGACUGAAUGCGCACGCGCGGCAAGAGCUGCAUUCAUAAUGCUUUCCUAUGGACGCUGGCAUGCUCUCUCUGUGAUUUUCACAGUGAGAAGCACGCAAGCGCCUCUAGUGGCUGUCAAUGAGACAGCCACUAGAGGAUUAGGGGGAAGGCGUAACCCAUUCAUAAAUAUAGCAGUUUCUCUGAAACUGCUAUGUUUAUGAAAAAAUGGGUUAACCCUAGCUGGACCUGGCACCCAGACCACUUCAUUAAGCUGAAGUGGUCUGGGUGCCUAGAGUGGUCCUUUAACCCUUUUUAGUUUUUUUCCCCCUUUUUUCCCCCCAUAUGAUGCUCUGUUUUAUUUCAAAUGUAUAUGAAACAUUAAGCGAGUGGCAUCACAAUCCAGUUCAAACAAGGCAAAGGCAAUGAAUGAAAAUGAGUAAUAGAAACUUUUAUUUUAUGUCUCCUCUUCUCUGCAUGCUCUCUCUGUGCUGUCAGACGCAACGCACAGAGCUUAUAACAGUGACUGACAGCGAGCUAGAAUAAUAAAAUAAAAGUUGCAGGAUAAAAAGGUGUGGAUAUCUACAUUUAUUUUUCACAAAUAGACAUUUUUAUAUAUAGGGUUAAAUCAGGGCUUGCUAAAUUUGCUUUGAAUCUAGGAGCCUGCUAAAAAAGUUGGGAGCCAGUUUUUUUUUUAACUAACACAAUUUCAUUUUCAACGACAAAAAUAACAGAUCUUAAAGGAACACCAUAGUCACAUGAACCACUACAGCUUAAUGUAGUGUUCCUGGUGUCUAUAGCCUGUCCCUGCAGGAUUUUUAAUACAAGCACUGCCUUUUCAGAGAAAAGACAGGAUUUACAUUGCAGCUUAAUAACACCUCUUGUGGCAGACACCUCUGGUGGCGACCACUAGAGGAGCUUCCUGGGUCAGUGCUGUACAACAUGCAGCACUGAUAUUCAGUGUCUCCACACUCUGCAUGGAGGCGCUGAACGUUCCCCAUAGAGAUGCUUUGAUUCAACAAGGAGAUGAUGAUUGGCGGAGCAUUUUGCCAUGCAUGCUCAAUAUUUCCCAAUGCUUUCCUACGAUCCUACGAUCAUCAAGACUAAUCUCAGUCAUCAAGGUGGGUUUAUGCACGGCGACAUUGGCAUGGGGAAAAAAGGGGAAUAAACGCACCUUUGGAGGGGAGCCAAUUAUCAAAACAAUAUAGUGUCAUAAAUACAGGUUUGUGUACUUGCAGAUACUUGCCUCAUUCACUUACGCAUACUAUUGAGAAGAAAAUGCACUAGUUGCUCUUGUGGUUAACUCUCCUAUUGAUGUGCUUCUAGAGUUUCAAGAGAGACUAGUCACUGCAAAAUUCACAGGAGUAAAUGUUCCAAAAGGGAAAAACACUAAAAAAGAGGGAGGGUUGAGGAACACUAGGAGGACCUAAUGUCCCACCCCUGAGCGGUGGGUGGGGGCCCUAAAAUACUAAUUAGGGGGGACCUAAUGUCUUCCCCCUGGCUCCCACCCCUGAGCGGUGGGUGGGGGCCCUAAAAUACUAAUUAGGGGGGGACCUAAUGUCUUCCCCCUGGCUCCCACCCCUGAGCGGUGGGUGGGGGCCCUAAAAUACUAAUUAGGGGGGGACCUAAUGUUCUCCCCCCGGCCCCCACCCCUGAGCAGUGGGUGGGGGCCCUAAAUAAAAAAAAUAACCCCACUCCCCCGGGUGACUAGGGGUCCCCAAACCCGUAGUCACCUCCCUCCCCCCAAAAAAUUAACCCCUACUUCCCCCCCCUCACCCUAAUAAUGAGGGGGGACCAUUUAACUAAGUACCUGGAAAAAAAUAAAAAAAACUUACCAUUUGAUGUUUUCUUUCUUCUAAAAUCUUUUUUUCAGCCCCAAAAAAGGCCAAAUAAAAAAAUCCAUAAUAACCGACGCACUUUAAAAAAAAAAAAAUCCAUCUUCACCCAUGGAGGGCUCCGUGCAGACUGAGCUCUGCAGGGUGGGGGAAGGCUUAUAAAGCCUUGCCCUGCCCUGCAGUUAGGCUCAGAGCACUCUGAUUGGUGGGUUUAAGCCAUCCAAUCAAAGUGCUCUGACAGGUAAAUAAAGAGACUGACAGGUAAGUCUCUACAUUUACCUGUCACAGCACUCUGAUCGGUUAGCUUGAAAUCCACCAAUCAGUGUGCUCUGUGUCAUUUUACACAGCGUGGGAAAGUUCUUUGGAAUUUUCCCACGCUGUGUAAUUUGACUCAUUACUCUCUGAUUGGUGGAUUAAGUAACCAAUCAGAGAGUAAUGAGUCAAAUUACACAGUAACAGCUGUUCACUAGUGAUGUCCCGAACGGUUCGCCGCGGACUCAUCAUUGAGUAAACUUUGACCCUGUACCUCACAGUCAGCAGACACAUUCCAGCCAAUCAGCAGCAGACCCUCCCUCCCAGACCCUCUCACCUCCUGGACAGCUCACUAAGAAUGCAGCUUCACAAUGGAUGCUGUCCAGGAGGUGGGAGGGUCUGGGAGGGAGGGUCUGCUGCUGAUUGGCUGGAAUGAGUCUGCUGACUGUGAGGUACAGGGUCAAGGUUUACUCAAUGAUGAGUCCAUGGCGAACCGUUCGUGGCGAACUGUUCGCGAACAGUUCGGGACAUCACUACUGUUCACUGUUUAAUAAACAUGCCCCUACUCGCGGUAUAGCGAGUAGGGGCAUAAUUUACUAAUACUAAGUAAUUUUUACUUAGUAUUAGUAAAUUUGGCUGAAAGACCUAAAUUUAGUAGAUAGCUCCCUGAUACCAUGGGAAUUAGGGAGUUAUCUACUUAUUCAUUCCUGUCAUUACACUGACUGGCUAAGUAACUUACAUUUUAUAUGAAUGUAUGUUACUUGAUUUGUUGUAAGUGUUGCAAAUUCUUACAGCUGAUUCCUGGCUAUGUUUGUAUACUUUUUAUUUAAAAUUGUAUACAGUGUAACAUUCUUCAUUCUACCACUGGGUAAGUAUAUUAGUUCUUAGGCAAUACUGUGCUUUGGAACUGCGGCACUUCGGCAAUUCAACACUUUGGAAAUUCGGUAAUUUCGGAAAGUCAGGACUUCAACAAUUCGGCAAUUCAUUUAUUCGGGAAUUCGGAAGUACCUGAAUGUCCGAAUUGCCCGAAAUACGUUCGAAUUCAUAUUCGGACCAAAACGAAUUGCACAUGUCUAGAUAACCGUAUUCUCUUUAGAAAGUCAGAGCAUGGAGUCCAACAUUAUAGUUUGGAAACAAACGGAACAUUAAUGACAUGUUUUACACAAAAUAAAAGUAAAUAAUCUUAUGAGCUUAAAUUUAUUAAAUAUUAUAACCAGAAGAUAUAGGACAGGCAUGUUGAGGACAUUUUACCUAGGUUUCAUUAACCAACUGUUAGAAAACUGAAGUCAGACGUCAAACUUACAUUAAAAAUAUGGUUAAAAAUAUCAUUAAAUGUCAGUGGUGAAGGUUCUUAAAUGUUUGUGCUUUUUUCUUUUUUAAUGUGAUAUGGUGACUAAAUGGAAAAUUCGUAAAAGCUGAAAACAAUACAAUAAUAUUUCCUUUCAGAGAAUGUACGCCUCAGGAAUGUACUCUCUCAGAUGUACAUUCAUUUUCAAUGUUUCUUUUUUUUACUUCAGCAACACCCCAAAUUGUAACAUGUACAAUCAAAUGCUUGUAAGGUGUGUCUGCACAUUAUCAUUAUGUAUUACUAACCAAUUUAUUUAAUAUUUCAGGCCCAUAUCUGGUAUUUGAAGAGGAGAUUACAGCUUUGCAACCUCAAGUAGACAAACUUUUAACUCUCGGUGUAAAUAAAGUUAUUGCAUUGGGGCACUCUGGCUUUGAAACCGACAAACUUAUUGCUCAGAAAGUGAAAGGAGUAGAUGUUGUUGUGGGAGGACACUCCAAUACAUUUCUUUACACAGGUUAG